AACCUUCUCUUCUUCAUUUCCUUUAAGGGUUCUUAUUUUAUUGCUCUUUUCCAUUCGCUGAGCUUUAUAAGCAAAGUGAAGAAUUGUGAUUCUACUCUAUCCAGCUUUACUGUUGAGAAAGGCGCGACAGAUCAUGAGAGUGACAGAGGAGAGUUGCAUCGGUGGAUCAUCAUCAUCAAGGCCAAUCCAUGUUUAUCUAAGUUUCAAAGGAGAUCAUGAAACUUGCCGAUUCACAGAUAGGCUUUGGGCUGCUCUUGAAAGUGACGAUUUAAACACCUUCUGGGAUGACAAGAAGCUUGACCCAGGUGACUCCAUCAUUCUCCCACCUCACUCUCUUAAACCAAUUCGACAGUCCAACAUUUCAAUUGUUGUCUUCUCCAAAAACUAUGCUUCUUCUAUAUGGUGCCUUGAGGAGCUCUCUGAGAUCGCCGCACGCAUUCAUGAAACCCGAUAUACUGCUUUCCCAAUUUUCUAUGAUGUCCAUCCAUCUGAGGUUCAAAACCAGAGCAACUCUUUUGAAACAGCUUUUGCUGGACAUGAACAAAGGUUCACAGCAAAUUUGCGCAAGCUACACAAUUGGAGGUCAGCAAUGAAACAAGUGGCCGAUCUCUCUGGUUGGUGUGUACCGCUAGAGCCAGAGCCGCAAGUUAUUGAUGACAUCAUCAGGGAGGUCAAGAGAAAAAUGCGUGAAUUAUUUUAUGCUGAUGUAGAUCUAGUAGGGAUGCAAUCUCGAGUGAGAGAAGUAGACGAACUUCUGGAUUUGGGUUCAAAAGAUGACACUAGAGUUGUGGGCAUCUGUGGUAUGGGUGGAGUAGGGAAGUCAACUCUUGCGAGAGUUCUUCAUGACAGGAUCUCUCAUCAUUUUGAUGCUUCUUAUUUGGUACUCAAUGCCUUUGAGUUCGAUAAGGCAUUAAUGCUAAGAAAUCCCAAGAGAACUCUCAUAGUUCUCGAUUGUGUUAAUAUUGAUAUUGUUUUAGGAUUGGUUACUUCGGUAAGAGAAAACCAGUUAGUUGGAGGGAGUAGAAUCAUCAUAACAACUAGAGAUGAAGGAGUGCUUGGAAUGUUUAUGAAGUGUUAUAUUUAUAGGGUUAAACUACUGACCAAGAACGAAGCUCUUCUAUUAUUUUGUAGAAACGCUUUCAAAUGUGAUUUUCCAAUAAGAGGUUAUGAGGAGCAAAUAAAUAGUGUGCUCCAAUAUGCUAAUGGCCUUCCAUUAGCAAUUGUGGUAAUGGGCUCGUUGUUAUAUAAUACAAGAGUCUCAGAAUGGAGAUCUGCUUUGGUUGCUAUCAAAAAGGCUGCUUUCCGUAUUAUCAUGAAUGUCCUCAUAGAAAGUUUUGAUGAUCUGAAUUUUGACGCCAAGCAAAUGUUUCUAGACAUUGCAUGCUUUUUCACUGGGAAAGAGAUUAAAUUUGUGGAAGGAAUUUUGGACAGUACUCAGCCAGUUUUAUAUAGUUAUGGCCAUCGAGGGAAGUACUAUAUGCAAAUUUUCAUCGACAAGUCACUCAUGACCAUUAUAGAUCAAAAGGUACACAUGCAUGGUUUAGUGCAAGAAAUGGGACGAGAAAUUGUUCGGCAUAGAUUCCCUGGUAAGCCAGAAAGGUGGAGCAGAUUAUGGGAUUUUGAUGAUAUUUAUGAUGUUAUGCAAAGUGGCAGAGCUAUCUAUGAAGUUGAAGCAAUAGUCUUGGAGUUAGAAAAUUCACAUGGGAGUACAUUGAGAGUUGAAGUUUUUGCCACAUCAGCGAUUCCCCUGGUUGAGAAACUUGAAUCUUAG